UAACCAACCGUGGAAUAUUACCGUAUAAUUCCUCGAGUGUAUUAUUCAGCUCCAAAUGAGUCACUCCAAACACGCAAGCUCGAAGAGGAUGAGUGACAGCUAUAGCCGGCGCUUGCGCUUGCUGUCCCUUUAAAAAUCUGAAUCCAAGGCUAAUGAUUUAUCAAACUCUUAUUAUCAAGAAAAUGUCAGGCGAAGGGCACCUUGCUAUGCACUGACGCAAACCAGAUCUUUCUCACGGAGGUAUAGAAAGCUUUGCACUUACAAGAGCUAAAUGCAGUCCAUCUAAAGCCUUUACUGCUGUUUUCUUAUCCUAUCUGUUGCUGCUAGAAACAUGGACUAUUCUGAGCAGAGAGACAUGGCCAAGCACCCUACUAAAAACCAUGCUCCCCUGAACCCUGGAGGACAGCCUGACGGUACUGCUGGAGCUAUAAUUAACAAGCCUGAAAAGGACCAAAACCUACCUUCUGAGGUCCAUCCACCAGCACAAGCAGCCAAGGUUUCAAGAUCUCCAUCCAUUGAGCGGAAAACUUUGUCUGCAGUUGAAGCCAAACCACACGCACCAGAGGCGAUCACAAUAGCGGGGACGUUAAAGAACACCAGUCCCGCUCAAGUCAAUUCUGUCACUCGCAAGGAUUCUAUAGAGCCCGUACCGCACAAGGAUGCAUAUACAACUGUUUAUAGCAAAAUUGUGACUCCCCACUGCACCGAAGCGGUACCCAAUCAAAGUAUUAUGAAGAGCACAGUCGAGCAAAAUAAUGCCACAGGCAACUGGACAACCAUGAGCCAGACCACCGUGGUAUUAGGCACAGAUGGCAACACGUCUGUUAUGCCUGGCACCGGCAACGGGGGUGAUGGCGAUGAUGAUGACGAAGAUGGGGAUGAAAACAAAGUCAGAGGAAACUGGUCAAAUAAACUGGAUUUCAUCCUUUCUAUGGUUGGUUACGCUGUGGGUUUGGGAAACGUGUGGCGAUUUCCCUACCUAGCUUUUCAAAAUGGAGGAGGUGCGUUUUUAAUCCCUUACCUGAUAAUGCUGGCUCUCGCUGGUGUCCCUAUAUUUUUAUUGGAGGUAUCGUUGGGUCAAUUUGCCAGCCAGGGCCCUGUUUCUGUAUGGAAAGCUAUUCCUGCGCUCCAAGGCUGCGGGAUUGCCAUGUUGAUUAUUUCUGUUCUAAUAGCCAUAUAUUACAAUAUUAUAAUGUGCUGGACUAUCUACUACUUGUUUUCGUCCUUGUUCGGAUCUCUGCCGUGGGCGAAUUGUAGAAACCCGUGGAACACACCAGAUUGCAAAGACAAGGACAUGCUUUUGUUAGAUUCCUGUAUAUUGCGUGAUAAAAACAUCACGUCUAUUAAAAACACUACCUUUUGUAUGUCUGCCAGUGUUGCCAGUAACCUGACCAGGCUCACUAACGUCACAUUGGAAAACAAAACUUUUGUCAGCCCUAGUGAGGAGUAUUUCAAGUACAAUGUAUUGCACAUUUCAAAAGGCAUUGAAUACCCAGGGGACAUCAGGUGGCCACUAGCCCUGUGCUUGUUUUUGGCCUGGGUCAUUGUCUAUGUAUCGCUGGCAAAAGGAAUAAAGUCAUCAGGGAAAGUAGUAUAUUUUACAGCUACGUUCCCCUAUGUGGUUUUGGUCAUUCUGUUGAUCAGAGGAGUCACAUUGCCAGGGGCUGGAGCUGGAAUCCUAUACUUUAUAACACCGAAGUGGGAAAAGCUCAAUGAUGCUAAGGUGUGGAAGGAUGCUGCUACUCAAAUUUUCUUCUCCCUGUCUGCAGCCUGGGGUGGACUAAUUACUCUCUCAUCGUACAACAAAUUCCACAAUAACAUUUACAGGGAUACGAUCAUAGUGUCGUGUACUAAUAGCGCUACCAGCAUCUUCGCAGGAUUUGUCAUCUUCUCAGUCAUCGGGUUCAUGGCCCAUGAACUUCAAGUGCCUAUUGAAAAAGUUGCUGAUGAAGGACCUGGCAUUGCCUUUGUAGUUUAUCCAGAAGCAUUAACCAGGCUUCCUCUCUCUCCAUUCUGGGCCCUGAUAUUCUUUUUAAUGCUGUUGACUCUUGGGUUGGACACAAUGUUUGCUACCAUUGAGACAAUAGUAACAUCUAUUUCUGAUGAGUUUCCCAAAUACCUGCGUAAACACAAGCCCAUUUUCACGCUGGUCUGCUGCGUCUCAUUUUUCGUGCUGGGAUUUCCCAUGAUAACGGAGAAUGGAAUGUAUAUGUUGCAACUUGUGGAUACAUACGCUGCCUCAUACUCCCUGGUCAUCAUUGCAAUUUUCGAACUAGUUGGAAUUUCAUAUAUAUAUGGGUUGCAAAGAUUUUGUGAAGAUAUCGAAAUGAUGAUUGGAUUCCAGCCAAACAAGUUCUGGAGAGUUUGCUGGGCUUUUGUCACUCCAACUAUCCUUACAUUCAUCCUGUUCUUGAGUUUGUACCAGUGGAAGGUUAUGACCUAUGAGGAUUAUGUGUACCCCACUUGGUCAAUGGUGCUUGGAUGGUUGAUGGUAGUGUGUUCUGUCAUUUGGAUUCCUAUUAUGUUUGUGAUUAAAAUGCAUCUGGCCCCUGGCAGUUUCAUUGAGAGGCUUAAGCUGGUCUGUUCUCCACAACCAGACUGGGGUCCAUUCUUGAUGAAGCAUCGCGGAGAACGCUACAAGAACAUGACCGACCCCCUGGGAACCAACUCUCUGGGGCUCAAACUACCACCAAAGGAUUUUGAAUUAGGAACUCAGUUUUAGUGGCACUAUCCGUUCUCUGUCACUUUAUUCAUGUAGUUGUUUAUUUGGUAAAAUCCACAGGCUCGUAGUAUCAUCAGAUCUAGAUAUUUGCUUAUUUGGGGAAAUGUGUUUUAUUAUGUGGUUUCCAUAAGUAGCUGAAGCUUGUUACAAUCGCAUAUUUGGGGAGUUCAAUUCAAAUAAUAUGAAUAAAAUAAAAUAAAAACUACAUAUAUUGUCUAGAAAAGCUGUCUGGCUUAAUACAGUUCCAGUGCUGCAGUUCCAGGCUGAAUGUCCUUCAAGGCAUUUUUCUGCUUUAUUACAAAACUGGUACAGACAGUAAACAUCUGUGCCUCCUAUAAAUUCAAUGACUUCUAUAAAAAUGCUAGCUAUAAAAGGUUGGCAUUUACUAGUACCUGUUUAUAGGCUAUACAUUUGUAUAAAAGAAAUAGUUUUGUGUGAAAUAAAAAUGGUACUUGUGGCUACCAUUACUUCCAACAUUUAUCCAACAUAAAGUAAAUUUACAGUUACCAGUAUGUUUGUUCCUAAUAUAUGUAAUAAAUGUAUUCUUUUUUAUCAUAAGAUAAAUAACAAAUAUGUGAUUGGUGCCUAAUUCUAUAUUCUCGCAGUAGUUUAUCUGUAUGCUCAGUUUUACACAAUAUUGAUGGUUUUACUCGUACAUUAAUUAGAACUGCCCAGCUCUUGUAUAGUUCUGCAUUGUAGAAACUAGAUGUACCUUUCUCUCUUCACUAAAGGGGAAAUUAAUUGCGCCCCAGAUCUAUAAACGCUUCAAUACAUAUUCUCUCUUAUAGAAACUUAAUAUAAAUGAAUGAUUGUUGAUAGUUUGUACCAUGUAUGUUUAUGAUGAUCCGUUUGCCUCCUUUUUAAAAGAAAACGCCAUCCAGAAAAUAUUGAUCUAUGCUUUAAAAUUUGCAGAUAUAUUUGAUGGCCAUAUACGCGGUGGAGUGUGUUUAUUGAUUAACAGUACAUUUUGUGAUCUAGUUAAGGGAGUUGUGGGUCAUUUCCCCUUACAUAAUCAAGUGAUUUGUCAAGUAGAAUUAAAAGUAAACUAAUAAGAGAGAAUCUGUAUAGCUAUAAUUGGCAAAUUGUCUAUCUAAUUGUUACUUGUACAAAUUUACACUUUUUACAAAGUGAUCAGUGUUCACGUAGUACGUACUAGUGUUGUCAUGUCCCUCUUAGUAUCUUAUGAUGUAGAGAUGGUGAGAAUAGGAUAGUUUAGAAACAUUUUUUUCUUAAACUAUUAUAGUCGGAAAUCCUCUAGUUGACUUCCGGGGACCGUUUCGCCAUUCAUUUGUCUGUUUGUCUUCAUGUUACAGGGUCUCAGGUAAACUUAUGUUCAUAAAUUCAAGAUGUAUUUCAAAUAUCACCAUUGUAGAUGACUAAUGAUAUUUAGCUCCUCGUAUUUUAAAGACAUGUGUUACUUUUAAAAGAUUUCAGAAAAACUUUAAAUAAAAAAAAACAACAACAACAACAAUAACAGGAAGAUUCUCCAUGCUGCUGUUGAAAAGAUAUUCUGCGGUAGCUUCCUGUUUCCUGUUACAUUUAGGCCUGUCCAGUUGAAGCCACUUAGACAGGCAGAAUUGCGACUCAAGUUCAUUUUCCUUUGAGGCAGCUCAUUACCAUGCUCAUGACUCUUCAGAGCUGCCUUAAGACAAUUCUAACAUAAGUGUAAAGCACAGAUUUGCAUUUCUGUUGGUAAUGGAAAAAUACACUGCUUGAUUUAAAGGCUUUUUGUUCAUCAGACUUACUGUUUAGAAGCAGCAAAUCUUUAGCUGCAAUAGCAUUGCUAUUUAGCUAAUAGAGCAAAUAGCAGAAAAGCCAUUUUCCAGUACUGUAACAGCGUGAUAUAAUCGUAGAGCAAACACCAUGUGAGGAAUAUGAACAUUCCAUUCGAACAGUCAUUACACGCUGUGUAUACAAAGCAGGGAUUGAAACACUUUUUUUUCUUCACAAUUUUUUCCCCCUGUUUUGUAGUUGUUAUGAACCAUGACUUUUAUAACAGCAUCUGUCCUUCGUUACUUUAAUUGUAUGUGGGUUUGAAACUGUAAAUUUGUCACCCUUCCAUACUUUGAGCCAUACUUGUAAUAACCUUAGCUUUGUUUGCAUUUUGUAGAACAACCCACACUGUUUCUUCUUUCAGUCUUUGCUAAGUAAACAAUUGACACAUCUUGAAAAGUAAUCAGCUCCCUUGGGAGAUCAGGUGAGCUCUAUAUCUCUGCAAUGGGGAGGAUUAGGACAUCUAGACUAAGCCACUCUGCACCCAGUUUGAGAUAGUUUUCUGAAUGAAGUGUUCUAAAAGUUAUGGCCGUAUAGACAAGGGUUAUCCCAGUGAUUAUAUUCUCCUAGUUGAAUCUAUGGACCUUGUUAUACAUAGAUUUCAAUUCUGCUGUUGGUAAAUAAUUCAAAUAGGGCCAUCGUUGAUGUUUAACAUACAUAAAAGAGAACUAUCAUCUGCACUCAUAAAAGAAGCUGCUUUUCCUUAAAACACUGUUAUGAAAGACAGCUCGAAAAAAGGGGUGUUAUAGAUCUGCCACUGUUUAGGGCAAUAAAAAGCACUGUAUAUCUGUAUUCAAACAGCAUGUUUUGUGGAAAUCCAUUCAAUGUUAACAAAACACACAGGGCUACCUUUUGAACCAGAGCAAAGGCGCGGCAACGUUUUGUACUAUUUCAAACUCUUUAAUAGUUGUGAAGGUUAGUAUCUGACACCCCACUUGCAUCGAAGGUGUAUCUCUGCAUCUGUCAACAAUGAAAUCCAAUUUUACACUAGAGCAAAAGUGUAUUAAAUGUGGUUCCUGUUGUUACAUGUUUUGCGUGAUGUCCGUCCUUUCAUAGUUUGUUUCGUAACUCAUCUUCCACUUCAACAGGUGCAUUUAGCCUCACCCAGCUCACCCAUCCCAACAUGGUACAGAAUUCACUGUCACUUUCUCAUUGACAUGAAGGAGAAGGUUAUUCUUUACUAGAUUGUUCUGAUUACACAGUAUGUAGAGUAUGAGUUCAAUUAUUAUUAUUAUUUAUUUUGCCUACAAGUCAACUUUAGGCAGUAGAUAACCAAAGAGGGAAGAGAGAUUUAUGAAGGGUAAAAAAAAAAAAAAGAAAAAAAAAUGUGAGAGACUGAGAAACUGCCAGUCAUGUUUCAUUUGUGUUCAUUAUAUUUGCAACAUAGUAAAACAAAUACAUCUUCAGGUAGCCAUUGGCCUUAUAGAUGUGUUCUAAUUUUAGAAAUAUAUUAAAUGUAUUUAAAUAAAAAAAAUAAAUAAAUAAAUAAACAGAGUAGCCUAUAGUCUGCCAUAUAUAUUAUAUCUCUUAUGUAGUGUAUGUUGUGUCUUUUUUGGCACUUUAUUGUGGACCUAUCACGGUAUAGGUUUAAUUCUUAAUUACUUGCAUAAUGUCAUAUAUUUGUGUGUGUUCUCCCUGGGGUGCUGCUGCCUAUGGAUAUAGAUAUGUACCCCAGUCAGGUCCUAAAACACUUGUUUGCCAUACAGAUAAAAUAUAAAGAUAUAAAUAUUAUGAAUAUUGUGCCAUAUGUAUCAUGGUAUAUUACAUGUGAAAUGCAUUAUUUAUUUUAAAAAAAAGUCAUUAUUCUUGAGGCCCUACCUCAGAUUUUGUAUUUAUGUAUACAAAUGCAAUUUAUGUAUAUUAGAUUUGCCUAUAUUACAAUGUUACGGACUAGAGUUUAUCCUAUACUGUAUAAGUUCUGAAAUCACUAAAUAAAUGUCAAUGUUUGAAACGUCA